AUGAAUAACUACAGCUUGUUUAUUAAUGUUCUUACAUUUAUCCUUUUAAAUCUAUCAUGGAGUUGUUUUAAUAAUAUAACAACUACGACCUUUGGUAAAUCAUGGAAUAACAACAAUCAAACUAAAACGUCAGAUGUAAGGACUAUAAGAUCACUAAGUGAACGUGAAGGAAUGGGACGCCAUAAACCAAAUAAAACAACAAUGAAAACUGGAAAUUCACAAAAUGCGGACAAUGGUGAAAAUUAUGAUGAAAGUCGAUAUGAUGCUUUAACACAGGAUUAUUAUGACAUGAUGGAAGACGAUAUUACUAAUGGCAGAGGAUCUUCAGUAUCGUUAUUGGAAAUGAUUAACAAUAUAGAUCCAAAAGCCCAAUUUACUUAUUGCCUAGAUAAAUUAUUUACUGAAGAUAAUGAUGGAGAAUAUGAUAAUUAUAGUAAUGCUCCAAAGAAGAGGAGCUUAGGAAACUUUUUUAAAAAUAUAAAUAAAAGAGUUGAAAAUGAAAUGGUUAGUUUAAUUAAUUCUGGAAUGCAGGAUAAUGGAUAUAAUACGAACGGAAAGAAAAAUAAGGCACGUAAUUUAAAAAGUUUUUUAAAGAAAUAUAAAUUGUUAUCAGCAGUUGGAAUAUUAGGAAUUCUAGGAUUAUUUUUUAGGUUUGCAUCACAAUAUACCAACCUUGGUUAUGGAAUUCUAGUUAUUUUUGCAAUUUCCGUAGCUUUUGUUUUGUUCAAGUAUAUGAAGGUCAAAAAACGUUUAAAAUUUAAAAAUAAGCAUGCAUGA